UCGAAUUUUCAAAUUCGUUAACGUUUAUAAAAGUUUUCUUUGUGGCAUUCAUAAAGCGAAAAAGUCUUGCCUGAUUUGAGACAUAAUUUCCGAAGCUUUCGUAAACAACUUUUUAAGUUUAAUAAAAAGCUAAACAAUAUGUCUAGGGAUAUUUACUAUUCCGAAAAAUAUUACGACGAAGAACAUGAAUACAGGCACGUCGUAUUGCCAAAAGAGAUGGUGAAGUUAGUGCCUAAAAACCAUUUGAUGUCGGAGCAGGAGUGGCGAGGUAUAGGUGUGCAGCAAAGUCAAGGAUGGGUGCACUACAUGACACAUCAACCUGAACCCCAUAUCCUUCUUUUCCGAAGAAAGAAGACGACUCCACCAGAGAAAAAGUAAUUUGAUUGGUAUAAGGAAGUAAUUGUACAGAAUUGUCAUGGAAUUUAGACAUAAUUAAUUUUAGUUUGCCUCAUAACAAACAUUGAUUACUUUCAUUUGACAUGAAAGACAUUAUAAAUUGUACAUACGCUAUGUUUUCAACUGACAUGUAGAUUUUACAGAGUUAAAAACUAAAUACAUAAAAAUUGUUUGGCCAUGUAAGCCAAUUGUAACCACACCUAUGUUGUCGAACAUGUAAUGCAUCUAUGCUGUGAUGUGACCCGCUAAAGGUUCCUAGUUUAAGUAUAAGUUUCCGUCACUAUAUUAGUUUGUUAUGGGUGUAUUGAUCUUCAUUCCGUUUUAAUAAGUAACAAAUUAAUUUAGUCAUUAUAUAUAAGUUUUGUAUCGACUGUGGAAGAUUAUGUAAUUUUUAUUCAACAGUCGUAAAUUAUCAAUUUUAUAAUCACUGUGCUGAAAUACUCUGUUAUAAAUGGAUGUGGAUUGAUUAGAAAAUCAUGUUUGACAGCUUAUAUAUAUAUAUAAUCUUCCACGAGAUAAAUGUUAAAUUGUUAGAAUCGCAAAUUGCUUGUAUUGAAAUUUGGUAAUACAAUAUUGAUUUUGCUUAAGUAGGUUUUACCGUUUUGACGUAUGUGAAAUUGUAAUCACUUAUAAUGUAAAUAAAUUUUAAUGGCUGUAAUGGCUGUCGAUUCAGUGUUUUUAUAAUGAAAUGUAAUUGGGUACAAAUAAAUUAUUUGGUGCUAUGUUAA